UUACUGACUAGUGGCCCUAUGUCGUGGGCGUGUCUGUUGAUGGGCGUGGCUAAACGUAAAGCUAACGUGUCACUGAAAAUGGCUAAAAAAACCAUGGAUAAUGAUGUACUGGCUAAAGAAAUGGCGAGGUUUGAGCAGGAAGUGCUAGGAGUGGCGGCAUCAGCUCCUCCAAGACCUGCUGUCCGGCCCAAAGGAGUGACUGUCUCUGCUCCUCCCACUACAUCACAUCCUCCAAGAACUGCACCAGCUCCACCACCACCACAAGCACCAGCUGCAUUCAAUCCAGCACUUCUAAUGGGCCAUCAGUCUUCAACUCCAGUCUCAUUACUCGGCAUACAAGCUGUCGUCAAGAAUAGUGAAGACAGGACAGGUCAGUCGUCCUCGAAGAAGUCAAAACAAAAGCAACCGAAAAAGGAUCUGUCAAAACUAAGGAUCGGAGGAGGUCAAGUUUGGGAAGAUCUCACGCUACACGAGUGGGACCCAAACGAUUAUCGCAUAUUUUGUGGCGAUUUGGGCAACGAUGUUAGUGACGAUACUUUAGCGAAGGCUUUCAUGAAGUACCCGUCCUUCAUGAAAGCGAAAGUGAUACGAGACAAGUGGUCAAAGAAGACGAAAGGUUUUGGUUUCGUCAGUUUCAAAGACCCACACGACUUUAUGGAGGCCAUGAGAGAAAUGAACGGUAAAUACAUUGGUAGCAGACCAGUUCGAUUAAAGAAAAGCCUGUGGAAAGACAGGUCCUUUGUAGAAGUAAAGAAGAGAGAGAAGGAAGAGAAGAAGAAGAAUGCAGCAAUGAAGGCUAUGCAGCAGCAAUGAAGGGGCUCCCUCUUAACUGUAUUUUUAGAUAUUUAUUAUUGUACACCUUAAAUUAUAUGUAAUGUUGAUCAUUCAUGUUUCAAAAUUUAAAUUAA